AUGGAAUUGGAAGAUGACUCAUCAACCUUGCGAUCAUCAAUACGCAGUCGUCGGUCAUCAAGAUUAAGCACUGUUAGCAGUGAGACUAGCGAUAAAAGGCGUUCUCUUCGUGGUCGACGUUCAAGCAUGUCUGUAAAAGAAGUUGUAAACGGUAUUGAGAUUACU